CCCAGCAGCAGGAGCAGCAGAGAAAAACUUAAGUUAGCCUACUAGCUAAUCGGGUUUUCUCGCUACAGUAAAGGAAUUGAUAAAAGAAAUGAACUCAUAUUUACACGCCGAUAUUGAAUGGCAUUGUGUGUCUUAUUAAGUUUGGUGUAUUUCUCCAAACUUGUCCAAAACGGCUUUCAUCGCGAUAUCUCAUGACUGUGAUGACUUGCAAAUUAAGUGGCCUGUUCAGCAUUGGCGAGGACUUUGAUGAUGAGGACCUGCUUGGGACAGACUGGGCUGCCUGCUCAGCGUCUGGACCAGCCGAUGUGGCAGCUGCUGUGUCAUCCUGUGCCCUGCGUGCUUCCUCGGUCGCUCACGGAGAGCCGGAGAACAGUUGCCUUCAGCAAACUGGAAGGAGAUCAGCUUCCCCGUGUGGUGGCACAGCAUCAAGGAGCGGCACGCACACUGCUGCUGCCGCUGCUGCUGCUGCUGAGGAUGCUGGACGAGCUGUUGCUUUCGGUUUGAGGCAGCUCUCCUCCUCCUCCUCCUCUGCUCAGCUUCCUCCUCCCACCACACUGCCAAAUUUGGCAUCACAACAAAGUCUUGCAAAGGCGCCGCUGAAGCCCUGCGCAGCUCAGGAUGAUUUCGAUGACUGGGAUGUUGACCUGGCAGACCUGGAUGAGUGCGACAGCCAAAUGGAGCCUCAACCUCCUGCUCCCGCUGCACCUGCUGCCCCCACGGUCACGCCUUCAUCUUCUGCCAAAACGCUGCGACCCUCGACCUGUGGAGGGCCGCUACCUGAUCGGACCCUUAGGGAGCUCAGCAAGACUUCCAGCUCAUCUAGUCGUAACCUUCCUCCUCGGGCACUUUCUGUUUUGCAGCCUGUAAACCCCCGCCCCGCUCCGCCGCAGAGUCCUGGUGUUUUCCCCGGCCGUGCCGCGACCUCUCCUGCCCCCAGCCUCUUUUCCAGGACGCUGCAGCAGCCACAUAAUCCACGAGUAACUCCAAGACCCUCCCCUCAGACCGGCAGACUUUUUGAAACAGUCUCUCCAGCGUCCUCUUCCUCUCCCUCCUCCAGUUUAAGCCCUCAUCCACUUCACACACCGGUCCUCACCAAUCGCCUCGUGCAGCUCGUAUCAGCAUCCAAUAAGCUUCCCAAGAAGAGACCUCGCUCUGAGCCUCACCGAACCAGGACGCGACGCUUUCCUGGUCCUGCAGGACUUUUACCACAGCAGCCUCAGGGUCAGAACCUGGAGGAAAUCGUGGUUUCUGUUCCUCAGACUCCUGCUCACGGGGUUGUGGCCCGUAUACCCAGCCAGGGCUCCAGCUCACAGACGGAGGAGGAUGAGUUCAGCGGUGGCGCCUGGGCAGCGAUGAAAGCAGAGAUGGGUUUGGAUGAGAGGAAUCCGUCAUGCUUCCUGCACUCCUACAGUGUGGUCAUGGUGCUUCGCAAGGCUGCACUGAAACAACUGGCAAGAAACAAAGUGCCCAACAUGGCUGUGCUUCUGAAGAGCAUCAUCCACACACAUGCUGAUGCCAAGGCUGUAUUUAAAGACCCUACAGGGGAGAUUCAGGGAACUGUGCAUCGGCGUCUCUUAGAGGACAGAGCGGAGGAGCUGAAGGUCGGAGCUGUGCUGCUGCUCAAACAGGUGGGCGUGUUCUCUCCCUCCCAUCGUAACCAUUACCUGAACGUGACUCCCAACAACUUGCUGAGGAUCUACGCCCCCGAUGGCGUCAGUCUGUCCUCCACUCAGCUCCCCCCGCUGGUCCUGGAGCCGCUGCUGCUGUCACCCGCUCGGCGUCCCGGCGUCCUCCGGGGGCCGGUGUCUCGCAUGCAGCUGGUGUUCGACGAAGAAGACGAGGAGGGAAGAGAGCCUGGAGGUCCGGCUGACACUCGCUCCAGCAGAGGCCCCCGGGAAUGUGCCAGGGACCCAACACCACAGGAACCGGGCUGGGAUGCAGAUGACGACCUGGAUGAACUACUGGGAGAGUUACCUGAGGACACCUACAGCCUUUGAUGGACUGACUCUCCACUGGCUGAUUGAGCUGAAACACUGUUUUCCUGACGUCACCUCUUCAAAAGAAAAAAACCCUUCUGACGACUGAAGAACUGGUGAAAAUACGCAUUACAUGUGUUGAAAAGUUCUAAUUUGUUGUUACUGUGCAACACGGAUGGUUGUUGUGUUGCUGGAAACCAACAUGUGCUUAUUAAUUAAUCAGCUCCACAUCCCAUGUUUUUGUAAGGACUUUAGUUGGGACUGUUUGUGUAUUAAGGAUGGUCCUCUCACUUUUCCAUUCAUUCUUAUCCAUUGUCGUGCCUGCUUCAGUGUCCUUGAAAUGGAAAACUACUCUAGACAACAUUGAUUUGCUAAUUAUGUUAAAUGAAAGCAACGUGAGGCUG